CCAGGACUUCCAGCCAAACAACCCGCGCUGCCUCAGUCGACGUUGAUAUCUGUACCGUUGGGUUUCAAACCUGUGUUCGUGUUGUCCAAGUGACUGAGACAGAAAUUAGCCCCAUACACCCCCAGAAAAACGUUUACCAGCUUGUACUGAAAGAAGGUCUACAUUAAUCAGGGGAGGGCUUGGAAGACUCCUCCUAGUGACUGAGCGGUGUAAAGUUCCCUUCAUGUUCUGAUAUUUAGACAAUUUGAAUUUUUUAAGCUAUUUCCAAAAAUGGUUGCAGAAACAAUGAUGACGGUGCUACCCCUGGAGAAAUUGGCUGAUGAAGCCGUCAAGAAUCGGAGAGACAGCUCUCCUGCCGCGGUGCAGCCGUACCAGGACUAUGCAGGACAGAUGAGAAACUCGCGAUAGGUUAUGCAGUGGCUUGUCAGGCCUGGACACGAAGUGAGGGGCCCAUUUUGAUAGCUAAAUGCACUAGCCACUAUGCUUACUUUGUUAAGCAAGAACAUGUGGGGGCUGAUGAAAAGGAAAGCCGAUGCAGAUGAGAGAGAGCAGAGUGACGGCGACCAAGAGAUUGAUGCCCUCGUUAUAAAGGAGGAAAGUGAGCAUGAGUCACAGUUAUCACACCUGGUCUCAGUCGGCGUCGGGAAGACAGAGGACAAUGAAGAUGAGGCAGAGGUUUCUCCAGUGGGGGUACCCAUGUGCUCAUUGACAUGGCACUCAGAUGACAGUAUCCAGUGCAAGAAGUUGAAUGGAAUCCUUUCAAGAGUCAAAAAGAGUAAGCAGAGGAUGUUCCAUGCUAAACAAUGGAUUACGGACUGUUUACUUCCUGUUGCUACCAGUAUCAGUGUGGUGUCCUUGGAAGACAUAGAGAAGGCCUACAUUAAUGACUGCCACAAGAAAGGUCAAGAACCACUCAACACAUUUGUGCUUGCCCGCCUCAUUCACCAAGAGUGUCCAGAGGCAGACAAGUGUCGUCGUGGGUCUCGUGGCAGCCAGAAAAUUCAUUACAGAAAGCUGCAGUUGAGGAGUGGUUCCUCACCCAGCUUGAAGGAUGCUACAUCAACUUUCUCAGAGAACAAGGCUGAAGAGGAGAUACCAAGUGAGGAUUCACCUUCGCCUGCAGAGGCACAAAUCAGGGAUGAGAACCCGCCUCCACCAAACACGAGUAGCGUGGGUGUGGCGGAAGCCCCAAGACAAGUGGAGAAUGAGAUGUACUGUGAAGCCAAUGAAGCUAUAGAGGGAGCAGCCCAUCAGCCUGUGCCUGAGGAUGAGGACAGGGACCAGAAGGGAUGCCAGGAUGCUGCUGAGCGCUUUGCCCAAGUUGUGAAGUCAGUCAAAUUGGAGGGAAAAUUUGACAUGCUUCUGAAGAUUUUUGCCCACAGCGCCUCAUGUAGCAACUCUUCAUGCAAUCCGCUUUGCCUCAUGUUCCGCAGAGUGCGUCGUCAUGUGGUGAAUGCACGCCAUCCCUGCUUUGUCAUGCGCAUUUACUCUGUGCUUCUGAAACUACAUGUAGCACGCUGCAACAACACUAACUGCGGCAUGACAGCAUGUCCGGCCCUGCAAGCCUCGCGACAGAUGAAGCGGGGCAGGGAUGAGGAAUUCCAGGAAGAGCUACAGCACCAACGAUACGACGAGCCUCAGCGCAUUAGAAAGAGAUUCAAUUUGCAGAUGAAGCGAAUCAGGAUUCCUUCACCACCCUCUUCCCUGCCAGACUCUCAGCCCAACACUCCCUCACCACCUGUCAGCCCUUUUCAACCUCCUUCACCAAGGAUUGUUCCUCUGGUCCCCGUGGAAGUAGGCCGUGUGGCCAAGAUUCACACAGAACAUGGAGGUGCCUAGGUGCUGACUGCUCACCAUUAUGCCUUUCAGUCAGACUGGCAUGGCAUGGAUUGUGGGUGAUGGUGGUGAUUGUUCAAGAAACAGUGGCCAACAUGUACAAAGAAGAGAUGCAGCCCUUUGCAAGGAACCCUAAAUGUUCCAGUCGUUAUUCAGGAGAUGUCUCAUGGCCACUAGGUAAGAUCUUGCUAAGACCUCAUAAGUAAAUUUGAUUCUGCUUUCAUUAUGAGAUGCCAUUUAUUUUACUUCAUAAGAUAUGACUAUUGGAAUUGAACAUUUUCUUAUACUUUGAUAUUGAAAUAAAAGGUAAAAGCAAGUUCUUAAAUUAUUAAUUUGAAAA